AUGAAGUUCCUCUCUGCCAUCGCUCUCGCCCUCUCGACGUUGCCCUUCAUGGCUUCCGCAGCUGCUACUGCGCCUGAAUGCCGCCCAUUCUGCUGUGACGCUCUCGUCCCGAGCAUCCGCCCAGCUGGAAACGUCGGAAUAAACUGCAGUCCUGGAUUUGACUGUCCGUUUGGCGGCCAAAUCUCUGCGUGCUGCGUUCGUUUGGCCCCUAACGGUGCUGAAACUGGUACCGGCAUUGGCUGCAACUGA